UCUAAGCGGCGGUCUGGUUGAGCUUAAGGUCGAACUCAAACUUCGUUUUUCAGCUGUUUAGUGUGUGGGAAUUUGCUUCUCAUAACUUUAUCUGAGGUUGUGCUCAUUUAUUGAGAGAUCGCCAUCUCCAGUUGUUGACCCAAAACAGUCAAAGGAGUUCUGUUGCAUUGUGCAUUUGCUUUUCUUACAAGGUGUCGUUUUUUACCAAUAUUGUGUAAUCCUGAUCACUGGAAGGUGAAGUACUAUGACGAUUUUGUGUUCUGAGACCGACGGCGUAGUUGCAGAUCUCCGUUUAGCAGAGUCGUUUUAUUCAAGAUAUGAGGUGCGCGAUAUCUUGGGUUCAGGUGCCAGCAGCACUGUGCGACGAUGCAUUGAAAAAGAUUCAAAGACCGAGUUUGCUGUUAAAAUUUUGGAUUUAAAUAGUGGUGUUGAUACUCCAGAUGUUAUACGUUCAGAAUGUAUGCGCGAGGUAGCUAUUUUACGCAGAGUAGUUGAUCACCCUAACAUUAUAAAAAUCCACGACGUUUUUGAGGGUGAUGCCUACAUAUUUUUGGUUUCUGAGAUAUGCCAAGGAGGUGAACUUUUUGACUAUCUUACGCACCACGUAAUUAUUUCUGAAAAACGUACCCGUGCUAUUAUGCGUCAGCUUUUAGAUGCAGUUAGUUUCAUUCAUGAUCGUAAUAUCGUUCAUCGAGACCUUAAACCCGAGAAUAUUCUUCUUGAUGAAAGCCUUAAUGUAAAAGUCACAGAUUUCGGUUUGGCCGUAUUCAUUGAUGAUGAAGAGGAACUUCGAGAAACGCGUGGAACACCAGGUUAUCUGGCACCAGAGGUUUUAAUGUGUGGUUACUAUGAAGAUCAGCCUCCGUACAAUCAACCUGUAGAUAUCUGGGCUUGUGGUGUAAUUAUGUACACUCUUUUGGCAGGUUGUCCUCCUUUUUGGAAUCGAAAAGAGCACUUAAUGUUGCGUCAGAUUAUGGAAGGUCGCUUUUCUUUUCCUAGUCCAGAAUGGGAUGAUAUCAGUGAGUCUGCAAAGGACCUGAUCUGCAAACUCUUGGUUGUCGAUGCCAAAAAAAGACUAACGGCUGCGGAAUCCUUGAAUCACGAGUUUUUCCUACAGCAGCCUUUAGUUGGAGAGAUAACAUUCAAUGCUAAACGUAAAUUUAAGAUUGGUAUUAUGGCUGUAGGUUUUAUCUAUUACCUACGUCGUCUUAAAGCUGAUGCAGCUUACUUGAAUGUCGAUCAGCUGUCUACGGAUCCAUAUUCAAACAAAAAGCUACGUAAAAUUAUUGAUACUCUCGCCUAUGAUAUCUAUAGUCAAUGGGUGAAGAAAGGUGAAGAACAGAAUCGUGCAGAAUUGUUUGAAAAUGCACCACGUCGUGAUUUGAUUGGUAGAUCAGAUGAAGUUUUUUACAAUAGUCCAAAACGUUCACUUUUCGGUGAUGAUUCAGUGAAUUAUACAACCUUCAAUUUUGAAGAUGAUGAUGAAGAAGGUCUAAGAGUGCCAAUUAGAAUUGAAUAUUGACCAAAAUUGAUCAUUGAUCCUUUAUAAUAUUUAUUACCCUGUAGUUUAAAUUUCAUUUCCUUCAGCUUAGAUGUGUACUACACUAACUCGGUGCAAUAACAUAUCCCUACAUAUUUAAAUAAAACUGUAUGCAAAAAUACCUGUUCCAGAAUAACUUAUAACCACCUGAUAUUAUUUUCCUUACUUUAUCAUGUACAAAAUUUUUUUUCACUUCUCGAUCGAUUCUAGUCGUCUCUCAUUGAUCACUUAUUAUUUCUAGCUAAUCCUUAUUCAUAAUACUACUAUUUAAAGUUGAUAUCUGAUGAGAAUAUUUGUCUUUCAUAUAUUUUAAUGGAUUAUAUCUGGCUAUUGUUUAUUUCCAACAAACGAACUGCAAGUAAUGUAAUCUGCUCAGUAGUAUACACGCUACGAAAACUUUUUUGUGAAUGCUACCAA